AUGCCGGGACUACCGGCCUCCGUCGACCUCGACGAGUGCAUCGAGCGCCUCUACAAGCGCGAGCUGCUCGCCGAGUCGCUCAUCGAGGCCAUCUGCGCCAAGACCAAGGAGCUGCUCAUGCGCGAGAGCAACGUCGUGCACGUGCGGGCCCCAGUCACCGUCGUCGGCGACAUCCACGGGCAGUUUUACGAUCUCAUUGAGAUCUUCCGCAUCGGCGGCUACUGCCCGGACACCAACUAUUUGUUCCUGGGCGACUACGUCGACCGCGGCAUGUUCAGCGUCGAGACCAUCUCGCUGCUCGUGUGCCUCAAGCUGCGCUACCCUAACCGCGUGCACCUGAUCCGCGGCAACCACGAGUCGCGCGGCGUCACGCAGUCGUACGGGUUCUACACCGAGUGCGCGCGCAAGUACGGCAACGCCAGCGUCUGGCACUACUUUACCGACAUGUUUGACUUUCUGACCCUCAGCGUCGUCAUCAACGACCAAAUCUUUUGCGUGCACGGCGGCCUCUCGCCGUCCAUCCACUCCAUUGACCAGAUCAAGAUCAUCGACCGCUUCCGCGAGAUCCCCCACGAGGGCCCCAUGGCCGACCUGGUCUGGUCCGACCCGGACCCCGACCGCGACGAGUUCUCGCUGAGCCCCCGCGGCGCCGGGUACACCUUUGGCGCCCAGGUCGUCAAGAAGUUUCUGGCCGUCAACGGCAUGUCGCACAUUCUGCGCGCGCACCAGCUGUGCCAGGAGGGCUACCAGGUGCUCUACGACGACCGGCUGAGCACCGUGUGGAGCGCGCCCAACUACUGCUACCGGUGCGGCAACAUGGCGAGCGUGCUCGAGGUCAGCGACACGGGCGAGCGGUUCUUCAACGUGUUUGCGGCGGCUCCCGAGAACGACCUGCACAAGGACCUGCAGCAGACCAACGGCAACGCCGACAAGGUGGGCGACGCCGGCGCGCUGCCCGACUACUUUUUAUAG